AUGGGCCUGCACUUGGGCGCCAGCAGCUGGCGGGAGUCCGCGGUGACGUCACGAGUCCGGGCGCGGGUCACGUGGCCCGAGCCGCCCCGCCCCCCGCCUCCUCCAGCCGCAGCCACAGUCGCCGGCGAAGCGCAGGGCCCCGCCGCGGCAGCAGCUCGCAGCUCUCGGCAGGUCGCGGAGCUAGGCCCGUGCGCGCGAGGACAAGCGGGCUAGGAGCCGGAGAGGCCCAGGAGCCGGCAGCAGCGGCGCGGCAGGCCCGGAGCUACGCGGCCGAGGUUUUCUCAAACUUGGGCGCGCACUCGCGCCACUGCCUCCGCGGCCGGAGCGAUGAAGAUGGUCGCGCCUUGGACGCGGUUCUAUUCCAACAGCUGCUGCCUGUGCUGCCAUGUCCGGACGGGCACUAUCCUGAUCGGCGUCUGGAACCUGAUCAUCAAUGCUGUGGUACUGCUGAUUUUACUGAGCGCCCUGGCUGAUCCAGAUCAGUAUCACUUUUCAAGUUCUGAACUGGGAGGAGACUUUGAGUUCAUGGAUGACGCCAACAUGUGCAUUGCUAUCGCUAUCUCCCUUUUCAUGAUCCUGAUAUGUGCCAUGGCGACUUACGGAGCAUACAAGCAACACGCCGCCUGGAUCAUCCCAUUCUUCUGUUACCAAGUCUUCGAUUUUGCCCUGAACACCUUGGUUGCAAUCACCGUGCUUGUUUAUCCAAACUCCAUCCAGGAGUACAUCCGGCAGCUGCCCCCAGUCCUCCUUUUUUUUCCCUACAGAGAUGAUAUCAUGUCGGUGAAUCCUACCUGGCUGGUCCUCAUUAUUCUUCUGUUUAUCAGCAUUAUCUUGACUUUUAAGGGUUACUUGAUUAGCUGUGUUUGGAACUGCUACCGAUACAUCAGCGGCAGGAACUCCUCCGAUGUCCUGGUUUACGUCACCAGCAAUGACAGUACGGUGCUGCUACCCCCGUAUGACGAUGCCACGGUGAAUGGCACUGCCAAGGAGCCGCCACCACCUUAUGUGUCUGCCUGAGCCUGAACGCGGGGUGGAGCUGCGAGCAACAGCUGGACUUUCCAGACCCCCAAGCAAUAGUCCUGUCACUGCACCACUUCUGAGAUGAGCUCCCUCAGCUCGUUUGUUGCCGAAAUGCUCCAUUUUCCAAUUUAGCUGUUAAGUCGGGCCCCUCUGUAGUUGUAAGCGUAUGCUUUCUCUAGAACACUGUGAUAGGUAUCUAUAGGAUUCUUUCUGUAAGGGUGGGAGUAUGGCAGACUUCACUAGUCUCCCCUAAGCAUUGAAGUUUCCCCAAAAUGUAAGGGACCUCGAGUCAGAGAAUUUGAUUUUGUAUCUACUAGGCCACAAAGUUGGGCAGUUAGUUACACUGACCCUUCCCAUUCUGUUUCUUUUGGAAGUGUAAAAUAAAAUAAAAACGAGACAGUGUUUUA